AAACCCCACUUGUGUUGUGUGUUAUAGACCUGCAAGGCAGUAAAAUACAUAGAGUUUCUGAAUCAAAUCAGUAACCUGCAGUGCAGUGCAGUGAACAUUGUUAUUAUUGAGAAUGGCAGAGGUUUAUACUGUGAAAGUUGAGGAAGGAAGAGAAGCAAGUAAUGGAAAGCCCUCAGUAGGAGCUGUGUAUAGAUGCAUAUAUGCCAAAGAUUCUCUCUUGCAAGUACCUCCUCAGUUACAUUCACCUUGGGACUUCUUCAGGGACUCUGUUAAGAGGAAUCCCAACUGUCGAAUGCUCGGCCGGCGUCAGAAAACAGAAUCCAAGGAGCCAGGUCCCUAUGUAUGGCUGACAUAUCAAGAGGUUUAUGAUGCUUCUAUCAAAAUGGGUUCUGCCAUGAGAAGCCUAGGGGUUAAUCCUGGUGAUCAUUGUGGCAUUUAUGGAUCCAAUUGCCCUGAAUGGAUUAUUGCAAUGGAGGCUUGCAAUAGCCAUGCAGUAACAUAUGUUCCAUUAUAUGAUACCCUUGGUCCUCAUGCAGUGGAGUUUAUCAUAAAUCAUGCUGAAGUUUCAAUAGCAUUUGUACAAGAAAACAAGAUUCCAUCUAUUUUGUCUUGUCUUGAAAGGUGCUGUUCAAAUCUCAAAACUAUUGUGAGCUUUGGAAGUGUUUCAAGCACACAAAAGAAGGAAGCUGAGAAAUUCGGAACAUGUUGCUUCACAUGGGGAGAGUUUCUACACUUGGGAAGUUUGGACUGUGAUCUACCAUCAAAAAAGAAGACUGAUAUUUGCACAAUAAUGUACACAAGUGGAACAACUGGAGAUCCCAAAGGUGUUGUCAUCAAGAAUGAAGCUUUCAUGGCUGAAGUCUUGUCUAUUGACCAAAUCAUUUCACUAACAGACAGAGUGGCAACAGAGGAGGAUGUGUACUUCUCCUUUCUUCCUCUUGCACAUGUAUAUGACCAGAUAAUGGAAACUUAUUGCAUCCACAAGAACUCUUCAAUAGGAUUUUGGCAAGGGGAUGUUAGGUUCCUGUUGGAAGAUAUUCAGACACUAAAACCAACCAUAUUUUGUGGUGUCCCUAGAGUUUUUGACCGUAUUUAUGCUGGUAUAAACAACAAGGUUUCCUCUGGAGGAGCAUUGCAAAGUGCAUUGUUUCAUUAUGCAUAUAACUACAAGUUGAGAAAUCUAGAGAAGGGUCUUCCACAACACAAAGCAGCACCUUUGUUUGAUAAGCUUGUGUUUGAUAAGACAAAACAAGCAUUAGGUGGACGAGUUCGAAUCUUGUUAUCAGGAGCUGCUCCUUUGCCUAGACAUGUUGAGGAGUUUAUGAGGGUCACUAGUGGAUCUACAUUAUCACAAGGAUAUGGUCUUACUGAAAGCUGUGCUGGGUGUUUCACAGCAAUAGGUGAUGUGUAUUCAAUGACAGGAACUGUUGGAAUCCCCAUGACAACCAUUGAAGCAAGGCUUGAAUCAGUGCCUGAGAUGGGAUAUGAUGCACUUUCCAGUGUGCCACGUGGAGAAAUUUGCCUCAGAGGUGUUAGCUUGUUCUCUGGUUAUCACAAGCGUCAAGAUCUUACUCAUGAGGUUAUGCUUGAUGGUUGGUUUCAUACAGGUGACAUUGGAGAGUGGCAACCAAAUGGAGCAAUGAAAAUCAUUGAUAGAAAAAAGAACAUCUUUAAGUUGUCUCAAGGAGAAUAUAUUGCUGUGGAGAGCAUAGAGAACAAGUAUCUGCAAUGCCCUCUUAUAACUUCGAUUUGGGUAUAUGGAAAUAGUUUUGAGUCAUUCUUGGUGGCUGUGGUGGUUCCUGAAAGAAAGGCCCUUGAGGAUUGGGCACUUGAGCAUAAUUUGACUGCAGAUUAUAAAUCUUUAUGUGAUAAUCUGAAGGCAAGAAAAUACUUAUUGGAUAACCUCAACAGCACUGCUCAGAAACACCAACUUAGAGGAUUUGAGCUGCUAAAGGCUGUUCAUUUGGAACCAAUUCCCUUUGACAUGGAGAGAGAUUUAAUAACCCCAACAUUCAAGUUGAAGAGACCACAGUUGCUCAAGUAUUAUAAGAACCAUAUUGAGGAACUAUACAAGGAAGCAAAGGGAACAAAGGUGUGAACCAUAUAACAAGAGAGUACCCUGUAGUCCUACAUUAUGCUCUGAUAGUAAUUUUUACCAGUUGUGUUAGAAGCCAUUUGGUUUCUUGUAAAUAUAUGUUUAUGAAUGAACACUAUGUAAGAGAUAAACAAAAUUUAGUUGUCGUUCCUUGUAUUGAAGUGAUUAAGUGUCUCUAA